ACAUAAUUUUUUAUUUUGUCAAAACAAUUCUGGUGACUAAUCGCCAUAUUUACAUUUUUUAUGGUAUGUUUUCGCAUUCUUUUAUUAGUUUUAAUCGUCUUCCGCAUCUCAAAUUUGGCAAGACUUGGUUUCAUUUUAAAAAUAACUCCCGUUUCUGCAUCAAUCUAAUAAUACAAUGUGAAGUUCGAUCGAAAAUAAACUCCUCGCCGCUCAACUGUGUUGAUUUAAUGUCACACACAACUAAAAAUAAUCAACAAUUCGCAAUUGGAUUAUCUAGAGUGAAGGAGAGUGAUCGAUAACAGGGGGAAAGGUCAGCAGACGGUCGACGCGUUUUUACCCUACGACGAUACGGAAUGCGGAAUAAUAAAUAUUUUUUUUUUUUUGUUAAGAGAAAGUAUUUUCGCUCCUUGUUCAUCCGAUCACGUUUGGUAUUGAUGCAUCUUUGUCUCACACGUCAAAUUUGCGAUAAGUGAGGUUAUGUCUGCCACGCGCACCAAAUUGGGCUAAAAAUAGCACAGCUAUUACUUUUAUUUAACUCGUUUCGUUUCAAUUGACUAAAUGAGCAGAUAAUGUCCGUGAUUGUCAAAAACAAAUUGAUUUUUUUUACAGAAUUGUCAAAUAAAUUUCAAGUGUCAAGAUGAAAUCGUCGUGUGUUAAAUAAUACUAAGUGUUGUUUGUGUUUUUCUCUUCGUUUCAAUCAGUGUGUGUUUUUAAUCCAAAUGCAGUACUCGACUUUGAAUCGUGAACGUAAAGGUUCAGUGACUAGUACGACACAUAAUGUCGCCAAUUGGUUUUCCUCGUUGAAACGUACGAAAAAAGGGAAAAAUCACAAGAAUGAUGCGACGUCGAAAAGUGCAUGGGAUUUGGCCACUUUGGCCACGUAUAGGACAACGCACCUCAAAGAUGAAUUGGUGGAGGUCGUGUCCGAAAUGGAGUCGCUUGAUUCGGGCGAAGAUGGCAAAAACAGUAACAAGACCAAAAUGAUGUCAAUUGGACGAAAAAAAUUCAAUAUGGAUCCAAAAAAAGGCAUCGAGUACCUGAUUGAAAAAGGAUUAUUACAGAAUACGGCCGAAAGUGUAGCACAGUUUUUGCACAAAGGCGAAGGAUUAAAUAAAACAGCAAUUGGUGAUUAUUUGGGAGAGAAAAACGAUUUUAAUGAAAAAGUAUUGCAAGCGUUUGUGGAUCUGCACGAUUUUACCGAUCUCAUACUAGUCCAGGCAUUGAGGCAAUUCCUGUGGAGCUUCCGUUUGCCCGGUGAGGCCCAAAAAAUCGAUCGAAUGAUGGAGUGUUUUGCAAAGCGUUAUUGUGAUUGCCAGGGGGAGAACAACAUUUUUGAAAAUUCGGACACUUGUUAUGUGUUAUCAUUCGCAAUAAUAAUGCUUAACACGAGUUUACAUAAUCCUAGUGUGAAAGAUAAGCCAACGAUUGAGCAAUUUAUUAACAUGAAUCGGGGGAUUAACCAAGGUCAAGAUUUGCCACGAGAAUUACUUGUGGGUUUGUAUGACAGUAUCAAGGCGGAGCCGUUUAAGAUCCCUGAGGAUGAUGGGAACGACUUGAUGCAUACGUUUUUCAAUCCGGAUAAGGAGGGGUGGCUGUGGAAGCAAGGGGGGCGGUACAAGAGUUGGAAGAGGCGGUGGUUUAUCUUGAACGAUAAUUGUUUGUAUUAUUUCGAGUAUACGACGGAUAAAGAGCCGCGAGGAAUAAUCCCAUUGGAGAAUAUAUCGGUGAGGGAGUGUACAGAUAGACAAAAACAGCACUGUUUCGAGUUGUAUGCGAGUGGGGGCGCUGAUUUCAUCAAGGCUUGUAAGACGGAUUCGGAAGGGAAGGUGGUUGAAGGGAAACACACUGUAUAUAGAAUGUCGGCGAGUAGUGAAGAUGAGAAGAAUGAAUGGAUGCAAAGGUUGAAGCAAAGUAUCAGUCAUAAUCCAUUCUAUGAUAUGUUGGCAAAUAGGAAACGGAAAGCUCAACAUCAUAACUAAUUUUUUCUACAUAUAAUAAAAGUUUAAUCAGAAGUGUCGUUUGAUUUCUGUGAAAUUGAACGAAAGUGCAAAAAUCUCCAAUUCCUAGUCUUGGUUGACAUAUUAUUUAUUUAUUGUACAUAAUGUUUUCGUUGCAACGUGUAUAUACAGGUGUAUUUUGUUUUUGUAUAGAUUUUGUGUAAAUAAAUUUACAAAUUUCU